UUGGUCAUGGAUUUUUUGAGAGAAAGAGAAGGCAAAAUGGUUCAUGACCCCCUCUUUGGAAAGAAGAUGGAUAAAAGUACAGGGAGAUGUGUGUGGGUGCCUGGUCCGGUCAUUGUCGGUGCCGGCCCAUCUGGUCUGGCCACGGCCGCUUGUCUUAAGGAAAGAGGAAUUCAAAGCGUGAUCCUUGAGAGGGAUGGAUGUAUAGCUUCUCUUUGGCAGCUCAAGACUUACGACCGCCUUCGUCUUCAUCUCCCCAAGCAAUUCUGUGAGCUGCCCCUUAUGCCAUUCCCUCCCAGCUUCCCUACUUAUCCAGCUAAGGAGCAAUUUUUGGAAUACUUGGAAUCCUAUGCCAAGGUGUUUGAUAUAAGUCCUGUGUUCAACGAAACUGUGAAGAACGCAGAGUAUGAUCAGAGCCUUGGGUUUUGGCAAGUGAAGACUGUGGGUUUGAAGGAGGAAGAGACAGAGUAUGUCUGCCGGUGGUUGGUGGUGGCUACCGGAGAGAAUGCAGAGGCAGUUUUGCCGGAGAUUGAAGGGUUACGUGAGUUUAUUGGGCCCAAAGUACACACGAGUCAAUAUAAAAACGGUAAGACCUUGGACGGCAAGAAAGUGCUGGUGGUUGGUUGUGGGAAUUCCGGGAUGGAAGUUUGUUUGGACCUCUGCAACUAUAAUGCUCGCCCAUCUCUAGUGGUCAGAGACGCAGUGCAUGUCUUGCCACGAGAGAUGCUAGGGAAAUCAACUUUCGGGCUAUCCAUGUGGUUAAUCAAGUGGUUCCCAGUACGCCUAGUCGAUCGCUUCUUACUACUUGUCUCUCGCCUCUUGCUCGGCGAUACUUCACGAUUCGGCCUCUACCGCCCAACCAUAGGCCCACUGGAGCUUAAGAGCAUGACAGGCAAGACCCCAGUGUUAGACGUAGGCACUCUCUCAAAGAUCAAAUCCGGCGAAAUCAAGGUUUGCAGAUCUAUAAAGCGAUUAACGUGUCACGCAGCAGAGUUCGUUGAUGGAGAGAUUGAAGAUUUCCACGCCAUUAUCUUUGCUACUGGUUACAAAAGCAACGUUCCUACGUGGUUAAAGGAUAGAGAUUUGUUUUCGGAGGAAGAUGGGUACCCUAAGAAGCCAUACCCUAACGGAUGGAAAGGGGAGUGUGGCCUAUACACAGUGGGGUUCACAAAACGUGGAUUAAUGGGUGCUUCGAUGGAUGCCAGAAGGAUAGCCCAAGACAUCGAGCGAUGUUGGAAAGCUGAGUCCAAGCAUUUAACUGCCUUUGCAUCUCCUCCUCCACGACCACCACCUCCACCAUCAUCAUGAUCACUGCUUUUCUUUUUCUUCUUUUUUUUGUUUUUUUUGUUUUUU